AUGAAUCAGGAGAUCCUGGUUAUGCUGGUGGAGAAUGUCCUCAGAGAUGCACCCGAGUCCAAAAAAUUUAGCAUUGAAGUCAUCCCAGAGAGCAACUGUGCUGUGGUCACUUUCACUAGCAGAAAAUCUGUAAACAAUGUUCUAGGAAAACAACACCAGAUUAAACAGCAACCUCUCAAAGUAUUCCCAUACUACGACUCUUUGGAAACAGCCCUCUAUGGAAAAGACAGACCCAUGCUGAGACUCCCAGAAAUCUUCACAGAGAAUAUUGAUAUAUCUAUUGGGAAAUAUCUCCAAGAAAACCGAGAAAAGUUGGACCUGAUCAAGCAAGAGAUGUGCAAACAUUACUGUCAGCUGGAUCUUCAAGCCUCAUCUAUGAAAAUUAUCCCUCUAGCUUCUCUACUUCAGCAAGGUUCCCAGACAAGAAAGCUCAUCCAGGCAUGGAGAGAGAAGGCCUCUGCUGAGUUUGUUGCUGAAAUGUCCAAAUAUAAAUCAUUAGAGAUCAAUAUUCUGAGAGAUGCGUGGAGUGAGGCGGUGGAAGAAAUCCAAAAGACCCUUUGUGCUGAACCUGUGACCCUCGUCCUUCAGGAAAAUCAAGCAACAGUGAUUCUUGCGGGCCUUGCAGAAGAUGUAAGCAGAACUAGAGAUGCUGUGAAUAGAGCCACAGACAGCAUAACUCAAAGAAUCCAAAGGGAAAAGGGCAGCAUUACAGAUGAGGUCAGCAUGGCUUACUCCAUUUAUGAGAUCGUCAGGCUAGGUGGUGUUGAGCUGGAAAUACAAAGCAAAUUUCCAGAGAUGGAGCUGAAUUACCACUCUCACAGUCAAAAGUUAGUUCUCUAUGGUCUAAAGCAAGAAGUACUGGAAUCAAAAAUAAGGAUUUUACAGAAAAUUCUUAGCCUCAAUCGGAGAGUGGUGGAGCUCCACCCAUCUAUACUGGAGUUUCUGACCAAGAGGGACAAGGAGGAUCUCACUAAUGAUUUAUUCUUAUCCAGAGGAAUCAUUGCAUCCUUGGAGAUAAAGGACAAUGUCGCAUCGCUUAUCGCCAAAACUGAGAAGACAUUGAAGGAUGGUGAGGAACAUUUGAAAACAGUGUUAAUCUAUAAAUGCCUUGAUGUGGAGGACCCCAGGGUGACCAGGAAGGCAGAAUGGCAAGAUCUCAUUACUAGCUUAAAUAGCUCGUUCAAUUCUCCAGUAAAGGUUGUUUUAAUAAACACAUCAGGCAACCAAGUUACAGUUUCUGGUUUUGCUGAUGCGCUUGAAUUAGUCCUGGAACAGCUGACUGAUUUUCUUGAGGCCAAUUCUAGCAUUACCACAAGCCUUGAAGCAGACGGGAUUGUUAUCAGAUUUAUCGAGGAGCACAGAAAGCAGGACUGGUUUGAAAUGGUGAAAAACAAAGUGAAUGUUGAUUUCAAAGAUGACAAAAUCUCAUUGAAUGGCCCAAGGGUUCAUAUCUCUCAGUGUACGCCUGUCUUUGAGGACCUACUUUCUACUGUUUACCAGGGCAACUUGAAAGUAGCUAAGCCUGGUGCCAGGAAGUUCUUCAAGAAGAAGGAGACAAUGUACAUUUCUGAAGCCAAGAACAAUACAGGAUGCUUGGUGGAGUUAGUAGAUGAGAACGAGUCUGGUGGUGCCAGUGGAAAGAAAGGUGUCUUUACACCUGAAAGAGCAGAGAUUGUGGUCAACAAAUAUAGACAAGGCACUGUCCAGCAGCAGCACAGCAAAGGUGACCAGCAACAGGUGGCAAAGGACUUUGCAAUUGAUGGAAAAGUGUUGAAUCCCGCUUGCUUUUCCAUCUGUGGACCUUCCCGAGCUGCAGUGGACCAGGCCAAGCAGUGGAUAGAGAAGCUCAUCUCAGACGAGCAGGCAUUCGAAUCGAUCUCUGAUCCAAUGAUCCUUAAUCUGUCUGAUAAAGACCAACAACGAAUUCAAGAGCUGCAAAAAUCCAUGGAUGUCAGUGUGAGAGUGGAGCACAAGACUCAUGGGGCGGGGUCUGAUGACACCACCAUUCUGGUGGAAGGCCUCAGCAGGGAUGUUCUGAUGGCUGUCAGUGAGAUCCAGACCAUGCUUAGAAAAGCCAGAGAUGAUUUUAGCCUGAAGAAAGAUAUGGAGUUUGCAAGUGAGAUGGUAGAAUGGCAAUACGAGCAGGGUGGCCAGUACCACAGCUUCGAUCAGCUCACGAACUUCAAGCUGGAACAAGCUUUAACGCUAAAGUCUCCUCAUGUGGACAUCACCGUGCAAGGCCAAGCAUACAAAGUCACAAUGCCAGAGGGUCCUGCUGUGAGCGCUGUUGGUGGUAAUCAGAUGAACAUCAAGCGUAUUGAUAAAUUACAAGCAUCAACACUGGUACCUAGUGUGGACAGAGUUUUGCUACUUUCCUUCCACUUCGUGGAACUUUUUCUUGAGACGGUCCAGAUUGACUCUGGACUCCACCGAGAUGAUUAUAGGGCCAUCCGCUCCUGGCUCAUGCACCUCAACAGCAUAAACAAACGAAUGCUCCCGCUUGAUGGCUUCUAG